AUGGUGUCAUUACAGGAAUCCCUGACUUUUCACGAUGUGGCCGUGAACUUCACUUGGGAGGAGUGGCAGCUCCUGGACCCCCAUCAGAAGAACCUGUACAGGGAUGUGAUGUUGGAGAACUUCAGCCACCUGGAGUCAGUGGGGUACCGAGCCAGCAAACCAGAAGCGCUCUCCAAGUUAGAACAAGGGGAAGAACUGUGGACAGUACAAGAGGAACUCCACAGUCUAGUCUGUGCAGUAGUCAAUAAAGUUGAUGAUCCUCUGCAGUAUCACUUGCAAAGUCCAAGCAUUGAGAAGAGUGUGGAACAAUGCUGUCAACGUAAUAGGUUUGCAAAUAUGGUUAAUCAGAAUGAAGGUCAUUUCCUAUUAAAGCAAAAUCGUGAUAUGUUUGAGAUACCCGAGAAAUCUUUAAAAUCAAAUUUAAGUUUUGAAAACCAAAACAGAACUUGUAACUUAAAGAACUCUGUUGAGUUGAAUGGAGAAUGGACACCCAUUCCGCAUGGUAACUGUGAACAAUUUUACACUGAAAUUAAAUUGCCUGUCAGUACCAGACCCAUCAGUAAGUCCCAUGUCAUUCAGCAACAGAGAACUCACAACAUAGAGAAAGCCCAUGUAUGCCUUGAGUGUGGGAAAGCCUUCAUCAAGAUGUCUCAGCUCACUGAUCAUCAGAGAGUUCAUACUAGAGAAAAGCCAAAUGGAUGCAGUCUGUAUAGUAAAACCUUCUUCAGAAAAUCCAGGCUCACUGAACAUCAAACAAUUCAUACAAGACUGAAACAGUAUGAAUGCACUGAAUGUGACAAAACCUUCCUCAAGACAUCACAGUUCAAUAUACAUCAGAAAACUCACAUGGGAGAGAAACCUUAUACAUGUAGUGAAUGUGGGAAAGCAUUUAUCAAAAAGUCUCGGCUCAUUUAUCAUCAGCGAACUCAUACAGGAGAGAAACCUCAUGGAUGCAGUUUCUGUGGGAAGACCUUCUCUACAAAGUUUAGUCUCACUACCCAUCUAAAAACUCAUACAGGAGAGAAACCCCAUGGAUGUAGUCUGUGUGGGAAGACCUUCACUACAAAGUUUUGUCUCACUAACCAUCAGAAUACUCAUACAGGAGAGAAACCUCAUGGAUGCAGUCUAUGUGGGAAGACCUUCUCUACCAAGUUUAGUCUCACUACCCAUCAGAAAACUCAUACUGGAGAGAAACCUUAUAUAUGCACUGAAUGUGGAAAAGGUUUUUCAGUGAAACGUGGCCUCAUCCUACAUCAGCGAACUCAUACUGGAGAGAAACCCUACAUAUGUAACAAGUGUGGGAAAGACUUCACCUGGAAGAACACUCUCAUCAGACAUCAGCGAGCACACACAGGAGAGAAACCCUAUGUAUGUAGUGUGUGUGGAAAAGGCUUUACCAUGAAGACUGAUCUCACUGUACAUCGAAGGACUCAUACGUUAGAGAAACCGUAUAUAUGCAGUGAAUGUGGGAAAGGCUUCUCCAUGAAGCACUGCCUCAUUGUGCAUCAGCGAAUUCAUACUGGAGAUAAACCUUAUGUAUGUAAUGAGUGUGGGAAAGGCUUUCCCUGGAUGUGCCCUCUCAUCAGACAUCAGCGAGCACAUUCAGGAGAGAAGCCCUAUAUAUGUAGUGUGUGUGGCAAAGGCUUCAGCAUGAAGGGUGGUCUCACUGUACAUCAGCAAACUCAUACUUCUGAGAAACCUUAUAUGUGCAAUGAAUGUGGCAAAGGGUUUACUCAGAAGUAUAAACUCAGUGUACAUCAGCGCACUCAUACGGGAGAGAAACCCUAUGUAUGCAAUGAAUGUGGAAAAGGCUUCCCAGUGAAGAACAAGCUGAUUGUCCAUCAACGGAUUCAUACAGGGGAAAAACCUUAUAUAUUGUAG